CACGUCUGCAGAGUCUCACUGUCUCAGUGGCUACUGACCGGAGCUGUACUGAUAUCAGAUCUACAGAGUACGGUGGUCUCGGAUCCACCUAUAGCUCGACCGAUGCGUCGCCGGACGGCCGUCCACGCGGUCCUCGUUGCCGCCGGCCUCCUGGUGCUGCUGGCCACGUACUCGCCGCUGCCGCUGCGUUCUCCUCCAGUGCUGCUACUGGGUGGCGACGCCGACGCGGGUGCGCAGGGUAGCCGGUCGGCGCAGUCGACGCCACGUGAGAGGAGGAAGCUGGGUGUGGUAGCCGGCCGGCGCUUGGGCCAGAGAGUGCCCGUGAAGCCACCCUCGCCGGACCCCAACGGCUGGAAGACGAUGGUGAAGCCCGUGCCGCCGCCGCCGCCGCCGCCGCCAUCAUCAAUUUACUAGGCGUACGAAAGCAGUAUGCCGAUCUGGUUCUCACUCGCCCAUGCUAUGCAACGUCGCGUACUUGCGCGUGGCCGACGGCUGCAAAAUCUUGUCUUAGGACUGUCUUUUCAUUUCCUGUGGUGCUUCUAAUGGCGCUUAUGGAUGACUGGAACGGUCUUUUGCUCCGUGCAAAAGCAUGAAACCUCCAGUUUCGCUAUUUGUAGCCACUCCCUAAUUUUGUUUCGUGGGACCAAAAUAAUGUUAAUACUCUACU